AUGGAGGCGGGGGCCGACAUCCGGGAGGGCGGUUCCGGGGGGCAGAGCCAGGCUGGGCGGGACCGAUUCUUAGUGGGCGUGGCCUUCGCGGCCCCGGCCCGCCCCUUCCUGCCCCGGCGCGCAGCGAGGAGGAGCGGCGGCGGCUCAGCGGCAGCGACUGGAGCGGCGCGGGGACGCGGUGCGGGUUCGCGGGGCCGCGGAGAUGCUGGGCGUGGCGUCAGGAAUGACCAACAGAGUUUUGCAAAGCUGUGGUACGUGAUCCCAGUCACAGCGUCAACAGCCAUGCAGUCCCUGGGUCUCACUCAGAUUUCCCGGCUGUACCUGCGGUCAUGGCUCUGGGACACCCCACCCAGACUGGCCUCAGCUCAGAGUCUGUGCAGGUGGAGACCCUGUGGUGAUCCCGCCUUCGCGGCCAUGAUGGACGCCCUCGUGGACAAUGUGGACAUUGGUCCUGAGAGUUUCUAA